CUGUGACCCAGUAAGGCAGACUUUGUGAUACGGAAGACUCGACGUUUACCAUAGCCGCCGUUUAACCAAAAGUUUUUCGAUGAGUAAUAGCUGCCACCUCAGAGCACUGCCAUAAUGUCCCACAUCCACUCCCCAAGCCCUCUCACUCUCCCUCAUCUACAGAUGCCUGCACAAUCCGUUUCUGCUACUGCUGCGCCACGUCAGAAAUCUAAAGCUUAUGCUACUGGUAUAGCAGCUGGCGUCGAAGAUGAAAAGUAUCAAACAAAAUACAAGGAACUCAAGCGAAAAGUAAAAGAAAUCGAAACCGACAAUGACAAGCUUCAGUACAAGGUCCUUAUGGCUAAAAAAUCUAUUCAACGUAUGAAACUGGAACGAGCUGUCUUGUAUGAACGUCUUUCUGCUGUGCCACCUUCUCCAGACCUUCACAGCCAUGCACUUCCCCCUACCCACUCUGGUCCCGGUGUACCUCCCCCACAUCCCCGUGAUAUAGGUGCAACAGCGCACCAUCAACAUCGUGAUCAUCGUGACUUUCCACCUGUAGAUUCAAACGAUCACAAUGCUGUCGAAUAUGUGCACAAUCACAGUUCCUUCCGCGUUAUUCCUGGCCCAGAUGGUCGGCCUAUUCAGACUCCCGAUGGGCCCAUAGGUCCUGGAGUUGCGCCUUCCCACGGAAUGUCUGCAGUGCACAUGUCGAGGGGCGGUUCCGCCUCAGGUCAUGACUCUUCUCGGCAGCUUCCACCUCUCUCGCAGAUGACUCCUGUACAACAUCUUGAGCCACCGAGGGCGCAUGGUCAUUCACAGACCCAUAGCCCUCAUCUUCACCCUCACAGUAAUGGUUCUUCGCGUUCACAAUCCUCACCUUCCAGAUCGCGCGGUCAUCAGAUAGCUUCUCAGGCACCUCCCCCAGGAUACCACUCAGGGGGAAUUCCCCACCCUCAACAAUACUCCCAGGAUUCUCUCAUCCCUGUCCAACACGGGUAUCACAGCCCGCCACAUCCGAGUGAUAGGGAACGGUCUUCUAGAAGGCAUGAGCCGCUUGAUCGUGGCAGCUACCAUGGUGAUCCAUACACUCAUUCGCGGCAGCAUUCCUCGCAUUCUUCCACGAUGGCAUCCCCUAACACUCGAGCAUCACGUCUCCAUAAUCAUCAGCGCGUCGGGCCUGGAGGUACCAUCAGCCACCCAGAUCCAGAAUACGAACGCGAUCUUGAGAGAGAACGUGCAUGGGCACGUCAUGAGGGUGAAUCCGCUCGAGAAUACGCGCCAUCGGGAGCGAUGCAUGCAUCUCCCCCCUCCCACCUAAGGCCUAGGCCUCACGUAGACCCAUACUCUCGCGAACCCAUUGGACCAGGCAUGCACGGUCGAUCAUCUCGCUCCGACACAUCAGGAUCUGGUUCCGGAUCUGGUUCCGGUAAUGGUGGCGGGGAUGCACUAUCGCGACCUGAAGGUCACACUCAAUAUUAUGACCGUGACAGGGGACCCUAUGCACCCCGCCAGGCAAAUCCACCGCGCAAUCCAAGUGAAGACCAAGACGUCAUUUAUGAAGAAGGCCGUCCAUAUAGCCGUGACCGAACUGCCGGACAUUACAUGCUUCCAGAGCAGCAUCGCCCCCCUGCGGAAUCAUCCAGAAAACGCUCUCGUAAAGACAUGGAAAUAGAUGGAAUCGAUGACGUCGAUGAUUCACCCGCUGCAGGCAGCUCUGGGGGCGGAGGAGAAGCACCGAGGUUCACAGGCGGUCAUCUUCCUGAUGAUCGUGGCUCCAAGAGACUUCAUCAAGAACCUGCCCGUCCCCACGAGCGCGAGGAGGAAGAGGAAGAAGAUGAGACUUCGGAUACUUAGACAAAGAGUUAAUUAUUAUUUUUUGCGGCGGCAUGGUGAGUUU